ACGUCGUGAAUCUAUCGAGCGCUACGUGUCGGAGAGAUCGUGGAUAAAGUCGAGGGGAAAAAAAAAAAAAAAAAAAAAAAAAAAAAAAAAAAAGAUAGCGAUUUACUGACGCGCUCGAGAAUGUCGAGGAGGUAACAAUCGCGCGCGCGAGAGAGAUUCAUCGGUGUGGAAUCCUUCAAAAGGGAUCCGCGAAAGAUUUUGGUCGGCAAACAGAAGAGCGGAGAAAACGCGCGGAGAAGUCGUUUUUUAAAAACAAUCGUGUGUUGUCCCACAGGGACACGAAGAAACAUUGAGUCGCGACUUGUGUGCAACGUGCGUUUUGUUUCGUAAAGCGCUCGUACGCACCACGUGUCGCGAUGAUUCGCGGCUAGUGGCAUCAAGUGUCGUGCUUUGAUUAACGUGAGAGAGAAAGAGAGAGAGAGAGAAAGAGAGAAAAUUGAUUAAGAGAAGAAGAAUUCGCGAAGACGACGAGGCAGCGUAUAUAGAGUACCCACAAACGAUAUCGCUCUUCCGUUAGACGCAAAGCUUUCAACCAUCCACAGGUGUUCGAAUCGAUCCGUUUUCGCGUGUCCUCCUCGCGGACAUCAUCGCGCGAUAUGUAGUGAUUGCAAUCCGAGAACCGCGCGAAACAUCGUCGUUUUCCACGUCAUUCGAUGAGGUUCGCGGCGUAUUGAGAGCAAAAAAGAAAAAAAGAUAAAAAAGAAUUUAAAUUGCCCGAAGAAACAAUUCUCUAUCUCGAGAUCGCAUUGUAACACGAUCGACACGAGAAAAUAUCGACUUUCUUCUGUUUUUGUGAUACGAUAGAGAAUAUUUCCUAUGACAAACAGAAAUCAUUGAGAGUUUCGCGAUAUGUUUAAAAGUUUUUUAAGAAAAUCAAUCAAUCGGUAGAAACUGAUAUAAGAAAUCCACAAUAAUCGAAAGUUUUGUUCAAGUCAGGAUCAAAAAGAUUGGAAAAAAAAGCACAAUAUUGCGCUUAAAACUGCACAAGACAUGUUUUUAAAAUAUACAGAAAGAUGAGAUUUAGAGAUUUUGUUCGUCAUGAACCGCGAUGCGAUAACAGAUACGGUGGUUUAUUUUAAAUAUUAUGAGAACAAGCGUGCCCCUCCCCUCCGUGUUUUAACGGAUAUACACACUUUCGAGGUACACGACAAAUAAAUUUUUUCCCACCGUACAAUAAACAAACAAAAGCACGUGUGUCGCGUGCAAUCCCCGCACAACUCUCAUCGGAAGAUACACAAAUCAUCUCGAACUUGGUGCGAAAAUAAAACGAUUUGCAAACGUUUCGAAUAUAAAUACACAGAUCCGUUUUCCGGACAAAAAGGGUGCGGGAACGGGAAAUCUAUGACACGAAUCCCGCGGGCGAUAAGGAAAGAAGACAGUGAUCCCGAUAUUGACGCGCACAACACGGCCGACGGCUAUCUCGCUGCGUGGUGAAACACACUCGAAGAAAACUCGCUCUAGGGAUAAGAAUCGAGGCCCAGGCAGAUGAGAUGUGAAGCACGAGGACGACACGUCGUAGAUCUGGCGGGAACGAAGGCGGAAGUUAAGGAAGCCGAGGUGAGAUUCACCGCAGGAAUAGCGGCACGUCGGAGAAGCACCUGGCGCGGGCCGCCUGAGAUGACGGCCUUGCGACAGGAUAUCACGGCAUCCCCGUAUAGAACCUUCCUCCUGCUAUCGCUGAUCGGACUGCUGCUCCAAAUCCACUCGACCACUGGCGGUAUAUGCUGGUCAUCAAUUAGUAACGGCCGCUGCAAGGAACUUCUGUCGCAAGGUGUUACGAGAGAAGAUUGUUGCGCGUCCAACGCGGCAGCGGCGACCGCCUAUUCCGAGGAGGAUUUGGAUAGCGGAAGUCUUUUCUUCUGGAGGGUUCUUGGAGGUGGUGUGCAGUGUCGUCCUUGUCGAGAGAGCUGCGCGGAAGUGAGAUGUGAAGAGGGGAAGAAGUGCGUGGUGCGUAGAGGAAGACCGAGGUGCGUGUGUAGCCCGGAGUGCAAAGCACCGCGAGGUGGUGGACCGGUCUGCGGGACGGACGGCAAGAGUUACAAGAGCCUGUGCAGACUCAAAAAGCGAGCUUGCAAGAAGGGCAGCCAUGAACUCGCGGUUGCUUACAAUGGCCACUGCCAAAGUUCGUGCGCACGGGUCCGAUGUGGCCAAGGUCGGAGCUGUCUGCUGGACCAGAACCUGAGCCCGCACUGUGUGAGGUGCGCCCGCAGGUGCCCCCAGGCGCCCCCGCACCAGGUCGGCGGCGCGCGCCCCGUCUGCGGGGCCGACGGAAACACCUACAAGAGUGCCUGCCACCUGCGACUCGCCGCCUGCCGCGCAGGUCGCGCCAUUCCCGUCGCUUAUAAGGGCCAUUGCAAACAAAGCGCGGACUGUACCAAGAUACGCUGUCGGGAAGGCCAAACUUGUUUGUCCGAGAUGAAGUCCGGGCGACCGCGUUGCGUGACCUGCACCUAUCGUUGUCCCCGGAAGCGGGAGCGCGUCCGUAAUCGGGCUCAUCGCGACAGAGAUCGCGAUCGGGAUCCAUCGACGACCAUGUUAUGCGCGACGAACAACAUUACCUAUCCAAGCUGGUGUCACAUCAUCAAGGAUGCCUGCGUUACCGGCUUCGUUCUUGAGACGCGGCACGCGGGCCCGUGUAACGCUUACGACCCGGCCCCUCUUUAUAUCGAAGAGGACAACACCUCGAGCAACUACGGGGUGGAUCUGGCAGAUGAAGAUACAAAAGCGGGUGGCGAUCACGUCAAAUCGUCUUACGGCCUCCACUCUUUAGCGUUGUCAUAGCUUUAGCGCUUUUGUAUUGUACUGCGAAAAAUGAUGUUCAUAUUAGCGAUAGAUGUUAGUAGACGACGACUCUUUACACAGUCUAGUAAUCUAAACGAGUGCUCACAUCCCACGAAGAUCGACAUCGAUGCGCGAUGCAUCCGUUGUUAUUCGGUUUCUUGACCGGACGAUUAGAGGUGUCGCGUUGCGGUAUAAGAAAAAAACAAAAAACAAAAAAAAAAACAAAAAACAAAAAGCAAAACGAAAAACCAAGAUCGUAUAAAAAAAAAGUACAUUUUAAAAACACAUAUCUCGUUCUUGAAUGCACAGAAGCAUUAAGAAAUCGAUUUACGUGAAGAAAAGCUAUAUAUAUAUAUAUUCAUUUCGUCUUUUCAACUUCUCUACCACCUGAUGCAUUUAUUGAUUUCUCGACGCACAAAGAUCUCGUGUGACACCGCACGAAUUACCCGUACGAUCCGCUUUCGCACACAUGUAAUUAUCGAUCACACGACGAUCAAACGAAGAUUACUGCUGAUGUCUUCCGUUGUGAUUAACAGUUUCGAUUCUCUUGAAAUUAAUAUGAACAUAUGUCUUUAAUCUAUAUAUAUUAUAUAUAUAUAUAUACAUAUAUAUAUAUAUAAAUAUAUAUCUUAGUUUCAUAACGUAGAAAAAUUUCAUAGGAUGAAAAAUACAAUACGAACGACUGUAGACAAAGCGUGUGUGAUAAUAUAAUAAUCCUAAGACGUCCGCUUUUUUUUCCAGACACAUGCACCUUUCCAUGUGUCCCGCUGUGGAAUAAAAUUUUUAUCAAGCUUUUCACACGUAUUUCACACAUAUCGAGUGUAGAAGAAAUAAAAUGUUCAAAUCAGUAAAAGACGUAUUUGCCGACGAUUUGGGAAAUUGAGUGUUCCUCGACAAAACACAUUUAAGUACGCUUUUUAUCAGUUGCAUUUGCAAUCAUUAUAUCAUUAUGAUUCCUCCGUACCACAUGUCUUAUCACGUCGAGUUUUGUUUAUCAAGAUAUAUUUUUAACGUGUUCUCUCUCAUGCCGCUGCUUUUUUUUCGUGCGGCUGCGUCUCCGAUCGUGUUAACAAUUAAAUUGACACAUUGAAAAAAAAGUACGUAAUGUUAAUCAAAUUUGUUUCGUGAAUGAAAAAAAAUU